AGUUGAUCUCAGUCAUACUUUGGCGAACGACAGCGUCAGCAGCUCAAGUGCACCGAAUUCGUAAAUAUGGUUUCUAAGGACGGUCUCUUAUCGCUGGGCUUGCUGCUGAUAGCCCUGCUAAAUGCGCAGCUGCUGCAGGCUUAUGCGGAUCAUCGUUUUCAUGGAAAUGCAUAUAGUGGCGGAGGCUGGGGCUAUCCGCAGCCACAAAGGCCUCUUGAACAUCAGCAUCACAAUGAUUAUCAUGGACCACAUCAUAGGCACGGAUAUCAUCCUAGUCAUCACCACGAUCCAACUGAUGCUCAAAUCGGUCCCGGCUUUGGUAGAGGCUCAUAUGGCGGAGGACAGCCCGGAGAUGUGUAUGCUGGGCAACCAAGUGUUGGGCGUCCAAUAGAUGGAGUCGCUAAUGAAGCUCAGCAAGGCACUGGAUAUGGCUGUGUGUGUGGUCAGCUACCGGAAGCUGGAAACGGACAGGGCCAACCUGGUUUCGGUAAUCAAGCCUGGCCACGCUACCCAGAAGUCGUGCCUUCCAGACCGCGUCCAAUUCAACCCCAACAGCCGAACCCACUUGAUUUUGCAAACGAGCAAGGAUACAAUCCUCUCGUACCACGUACCUUACCAGGUGCCCAAGAUCCAUCGGACCCUAACUAUCAACAGCCAAGUUACAUAGGAAAUCCUCUGCAGCCACGUCCCUUACCAGGUGUCCAAGAUCCAUCUGACCCUAACUAUCAACAGCCAAGUUACACAGGGAAUCCUCUGCAGCCACGUCCCUUACCAGGUGUCCAAGAUCCAUCGCUGCCUAAUUACCAACAGCCCAGUUAUAUUGGAAAUCCUCUGCAGCCACGUCCCUUACCAGGUGUCCAAGAUCCUAAUUACCAACAGCCAAGUUAUAUUGGAAAUCCAGUGCGGCCUCGCCCUGAAGGACCAGGCAAUGAUCAAUUCGAGCUUCAACCAGACGGCAAUACAGGCAAACCCUUGCAGCCGCGUCCAGAGGUUGCAGCAAAUGGUCAACCGGAGUUCAGAAAAGGUAGCACAGUCAUUCAACGACAACCCACAAAUUCGAACGAAUUUGAUUCGCAGCCCUCUGACGAACCAGCCAAGUACAAUCCCAAUUCCAGUAGCAAUUUGCUAGCAGCUUCCAGUUAUCGCAACCAAGCCGAUCAAAAAUCGGAUACAGAACACAUAGUGGAUGAUAAUAUUGCUUCAAUUUUCAAAACAGACUUCAAUCCUCCUAACCAGAAUGAAGAAAAGGAAGCUCAUGGAUUGAAGGACGCCAAGGCCAAAGCUAUGGAGACUCAGCCGGAGUCAAUUGGGGAACGCAACCUUUUCGACUCAAAUCCCAAAUGCAGCGAAGGAACGGAGCUGCGGGGUGGACGCUGUCGCCAGAAGGCCUAAAUUAUAGCAUAGUAAAGAGCUCCUAAUCAUAUUGUAACUUUGGUCAAAUUAAUUUUUUCAUAGAACUAAUUGGCUUUAACUUAAGAAAAUUAUAAAUU